GGCAGCGAUUGCGGAAGUGUCAAAGUAGUUAAGUUAGAAAGGUACACAUAAUGUGCGUGGCGAGCACUUUUAUACGCUGAGCAUUUCUCAUUGUUUUUUUUUUUCAUUCCACGUUUCUUAUCCCGUUGGGGGUGUGUGUGUGUGUAAUCUUGCCAAUAUGACAGCAUCCAAUUAUGGUCUGAUUAUGAACAUUGUUAAUAGUAUUGUGGGAGUUAGCGUACUAACAAUGCCCUUCUGCUUCAGACAGUGUGGCAUUGUCCUGGGGACCAUCUUACUUUUCGUCUGCACAUGGAUGACGCACCAGUCCUGUUUGUUCCUGGUGAAAACUGCCUGCCUAACAAAGCGCAGGACUUAUGCUGGCCUUGCUUUCCAUGCGUAUGGGAAAACAGGAAAAACUCUGGUGGAAACGAGUAUGAUUGGUCUGAUGCUGGGAACAUGUAUAGCUUUCUAUGUAGUCAUCGCUGACUUGGGGUCCAACUUUUUUGCUCGUCUUUUGGGACUUGAGGUGACUGAAGGAUUCCGUGUUCUUCUGUUGAUUUUCAUCUCCCUGUGUAUUGUUCUGCCACUGAGUCUCCAGAGGAACAUCAUGUCUUCUAUUCAGUCCUUCAGUGCUAUGGCUUUGAUCUUCUACACUUUCUUUAUGUUUGUGAUAGUGGUUUCUUCAUUCAAUCAUGGUGUUAUUAGUGGACAGUGGCUAAAAAUGGUGAGCUACUUCCGGUGGGAAGGCAUCUUCCGCUGCAUUCCUAUAUUUGGCAUGUCCUUUGCUUGUCAGUCGUUGGAUUUUUUGGCUACAUAAGUUUCCCAGAAAACAUCGCUGGCAAUGUUUUAAUGAAUUUUCCUUCCAAUCUGGUGACCGAGAUGAUCAGAGUUGGGUUUAUGAUGUCUGUUGCUGUCGGAUUCCCCAUGAUGAUUCUUCCAUGCAGGCAGGCAUUGAAUACCCUCCUUUUUGAGCAGCAGCAGAAAGAUGGAACGUUUGCUGCAGGUGGAUAUAUGCCACCUCUUCGAUUUAAGGUCAUCACACUAUCUGUAGUUUUUGGCACUAUGUUGGGAGGAAUUUUGAUUCCAAAUGUGGAAACUAUCUUAGGACUGACUGGCGCUACAAUGGGAAGCCUCAUCUGUUUUAUCUGCCCAGCCCUCAUUUAUAAGAAAAUCCAUAAGAAUGGCCUUUCUUCACAGGUUGUACUUUGGAUAGGUCUAGCUAUUCUUGUGAUUAGCACUUUCAGUACACUGUCUGUGACUACAGAACCUGCAAAAAUUGAGCCACUUCUUCCAGAGCAGCAAGAGAAAAAUGUGGAAAAGGUAGAACCUCAGCAACCCACAAUGGCUGGGCAAAAUCCAGAAGUAAAGGAGCCUGUGGAUGAACGGGACAAGCCAAAGUUAGGAAAUGACAAGGAAGCCGUUGUGGAACAACCCCAAAUAAAGGUUCCAGUAGAAGUACCGAAAGCAGAGGAAAAGCAGAAAGAGGAAGUUCAGCUUGAUCGGCCUGGCCAAGAUGUUGCACAUCCUAUUGGAGAGGCCCAUCGUCAUGAGCCUCCCGUUCCACAUGACCAGGUUAUUGUGGAUGAGGUGCAGGAUAAGGAAGAACUCGAAGAAGGCAGAUUGCCUCCUGCUAAACAGGAGAUUGACAAGGAUAACAUAUUAGGUGAUAGGCCAGCAGACAAUAAUGCAGAGCAAAAACUUGACAAUGAAGAAAAAAAACAAGAAGCUCCCGUUGAAAAUGUUAAUGAUGAUCAAGUAAAAGAAAAACCUGACAGGCCUGAUGAAGAAGCCGAAAAGCCUCUAGAUUCAGAUUUGAAACAGGGUGCGUUUCAACCUCAUAAGGAUCUUGAGCUUCCCAAAAAAGCUGAGGUACUUGAACCAGAUCAUAAUGUUGAAGAACUUCUCGGAAAGCCAGUUAUUAAGGAAGACGGUAUCAUUGGAGGUGGACAAGAAGAAAUUCGUAACCCCCCAGAAAACAUUGAUGAAAAUAUUAAACAAGAAGAGAAGGUCAUCGAUGGUGCUGCUCAACAUGUUGGAGAAAAUGGUGAGAAGAAGGCGCUACCAGAGGAAAAAAUGGAUCUACAGCCAGUAGUACAGGAACAACAGCAGCAGCAGCAAGAGCUUCCAGAAAAGAGAGCGGAAAGAAAUGCAGAUGGGGUGAAAGACGAAAUCCCAGACAGCAAACUGGAGGAUGAGAUUAAAAAGCUGGUAGCAGAAGCUGGCAAAGCAGAGAUGCUGGAUCAUGCCGUUUUACUCCAGGUUAUUAAGGAACAACAAGAACAGCAAAAGCGGCUCUUAGAUCAACAGGAAAAACUCUUAGCUGUGAUACAGGAACAGCACAAGGAAAUUCAUCAACAAGAAAAGGUCCCGGAUGUCAAAGAAAAUAUGAAUGAGGAUGUAAAUGCAGAGGAUGCAGCUGACAGUGUCAACCAUAAUGUGCUGCCAAAAGCUGAUCUUGAACUGAACAGACAGCCUGAUGAUGCUGCAGUAAAGCAAGAAUUAAGCAAAAAGAAGCUUAAUAAUGCUGGACACAUCAUUGAAGUUGGAAAUCCACAGAAUGGGCCUGAUAGUGUGGGUAAACAAGUUAUUCAGGGUGACAGUAGAAAAAAUGAACCGCUUGUACAUAAUAAAGCUGUGCCUGAGGAUGAGGCUUUAAAGGCAGGUUCUAAGCCUCAGUAUCUCGGUGAAGAGGUAAAACAACCAUCAGCUGCAGAGAGUCCAGAUGAAGUCAAAUCUGUAUUAGAGAAACUUUCUGAAUCCCAACAAAACAAUGUUCAACAUGCUCAGGCUGUUGCCAAACCCCACAUAGUUGAAAAAGAUACUCAUAAACCUAGAUUAAAGAUUCAAAAACCUGAAGUAGGUGUUGAAAAAGUACUUGAACAAGGUAGCAAAAAUGAACAGAGAGAUGUGCAUCGGCAGCAGGUUCCAGUUAUGCAGGUCCAGGAUAAUAAGAUUGACAAAGGAGUUGACAGGGUUCAGGCCAAAAGUAGUGAGCAUUUAAAAAUUGACAUUCCCAAAAAUGAACAGAGCCAAGAGAGAGGAGGUGUACCUAACCAAAGAGCUGAUAAUGAGAUGGUAAACCUGGCACAUAAACAGGUCAUGAAUGUUCAGAAAGAAUCCAGAGCCGGUGGUCAGGUUGAAAAUAAACAUGAUCUACAAAAUCAGGUUAUGAAGGAGAAUGACGCCAUUGUGGCAGGUGUGAAACAGGAAGAAAAUAACUUGGAUGUAAAAAAGCCUGUAGAAAAGUCUGCUGGAGACACUUUGAAUAAAUUAGAAUUGUCACUAAAUAGAAGAAAUGGGGAUGUAAAACCCCAGCAGGCAGGUGAAGCUGAAAAAGUGGAUAAAAUACUUGAAGAUGACAGUAGUAAACAAAACAAAGAUCCAAAGGGUGAUACUGAACUGCGCAGGAGGAAGAGAGAUCUUGCAUUAGUGCUGGAAGCACAAAAUGAACAAGAUACCCAUCUGUAUGGGCUGAACCCAGUACCAAACUUAAAGACGGAUGACUUGCGAAGUGCCUUAGAAGCACACUUAAAUCAGGCUGCAGAAGGGGCCCAGUCAUUCAUUCAAAGUAGACAGCUUAUGCAAAUUACAGACCCAGAUAAGGAGGCAUAGUUAUGGUUAAAGGGGAACUCUACCACUGGUUGCUUAGAGAACUGGUGCUACUCAACUUAUUUCCUAUAAAAGUCAUGUCUGGCUUUAAAACUCAUUGAAAACUUUUCUGUUAAUAAUACAGGAGAGAAAAAUAUGUUCCUGUCCAUUCAUUGUAAAUUAACAUUUUUUUAAAAAAAAAAAAGAGAGAACUUG